AUGACGAUGGAGCUCAUCUUUGACAAACCAACCCGAUUUUCUGGCCACCAGUUCAAUUCUACCAGCCAGCCUAGUUUAUAAGCAAGAGAUCUUCUCCAGUACAGCAUCAAAAACACUACCAACAAACUAAACCCAGCCAUCUUUUGUAACAUGGCAGCAGAUCUGCUCCACAAACUGACGCAGGAGACGACGCCCCAGCAGCUAGCAUGGUUUCUGUCGUUCUUCUUCUUCCUCUCGUUGUUUUCGGUGUACUGCUACUCCUUGUUCACCGCAAGGGCAGCAGCAGCAGCAGGAAAUAAGAACCAGCAGCGUCCCCCGCCUUCGCCCCCGGCGCUUCCCAUCAUCGGGCACCUGCACCUCGUGGGAUCCCUCCCGCACGUCUCCCUCCGCGGGCUCGCCAGGAAGCACGGGCCCGACGUGAUGCUCCUCCGGCUCGGCGCCGUGCCGACGCUCGUGGUGUCGUCCCCGCGCGCCGCCGAGGCCGUGCUGCGCACGCACGACCACGUCUUCGCGUCGCGGCCGCGCUCCGUGGUCGCCGACAUCAUCAUGUAUGGGUCGUCGGAUGUCGCCUUCGCGCCCUACGGGGAGUACUGGCGCCAGGCGAGGAAGCUCGUCACCACCCACUUGCUUAGUGUCAAGAAGGUGCAGUCUUUCAGAGCCACCGCCGCGGAGGAGGUGAGCAUGGUGAUGGUAGAGAUCAGGGAGGCUGCCGCCAAGGGUAGUACGUUGGACAUGAGUGAUCUGCUUAAUACAUUUGCGAACGACAUGGCAUGCCGCAUCGUCUCAGGGAAGUUCUUCAGGAAAGAAGGCCGGAGCAAGAUAUUCCAAGACCUUAUCAAUGAGAACUCGCGGCUGCUAGGAGGCUUCAACGUGGAGGAGUACUUCCCAGCAUUGGGUAGGGUAGGCCUACUUGGGAGGGCAAUUUGUGCCAAGGCCGAGAGAGCAAGGAAUAGAUGGGCCGAUCUGCUGGACAAGGUGAUAGAUGAUCACUUGAGUAAGGAAAAGUCAACAUCUGAUAUGAAAGACGGCGAUUUUGUUGACAUUUUGUUGUCUAUUCAACAAGAGUAUGAUCUCACAAGAGAACACAUGAAAGCUCUCCUGACUGAUGUAUUUUUCGGGGCAAUAGACACAUCAUCGCAAGUCCUCGAAUACACCUUGGUUGAGCUCGUGAAGAGGCCACAGGUAAUUAGGAAGCUACAAUCUGAGGUAAGGAAAAUUGUACCCAAGGGACAAGAAAUUGUCGGUGAAAUCCAUCUGAAUAACAUGACGUACCUAAGAGCUGUCAUAAAAGAGUCGCUCCGGUUACAUCCUGUAGCGCUUCUACUUGCUCCACACCUUGCCAUGGAUGACUGCGACAUCGACGGGUGCAUGGUUUCUGCGGGGACACGUGUCAUCAUUAAUGCAUGGGCCAUUGGUAGGGACUAUAACUCAUGGGAAGACGCGGAAGAGUUCAUACCGGAAAGGUUUAUAGCCGAUGGCAGUGCUGUACAUGUCAACUUCAAGGGAAAUGAUUUCCAGUUCUUACCUUUUGGGUCAGGUCGAAGGAUCUGCCCUGGGAUAAACCUUGGAAUCGCCAAUAUUGAGCUCAUGUUGGCCAACCUUAUGUAUCAUUUUGAUUGGGAGCUGCCCCACGGAGUUGAGAACAAAGAUAUUGAUAUGACGGAGGUGUUUGGAGUAACAGUACGCCGUAAGGAGAAGCUACUCUUAGUUCCCAAAUCAUGUGUGUAACGAACUGCAAGGAUGACAUAUGUUGAUCUUACUCUUACUACAAUGUCUCCCUACUACUACAAGCUAACGAUUCGGUCGCAUUGGUAUAUUUUUGUUAAUAAAUAUUGUCGCUUUGAAGUGGCUUUAUGGCUGUAAUCAAGUUAGAAUAAUAUUUAUGCUA